AUGGUGCCUGGGAAAGAAAUUGUCCAAGAUCUUAUAACUGAAAGUAAAUUGGGGGUUGACAUAAAAUGCAGUACCAAAAACGUCACGCAGGAUUUUAAACUUCUAACGGAUGAACAAGGCCGGAACAAGAAAAAAGUUUUAUGUCGUCGGUGCAAGGGGGAAGUUUUCGCUGCUUUGCAUGCAAAACUGAUAAACGGCAAAGAACCAAAAAUGCUGAAAGAAAUGAGUGUUGGUGGUAAGCUAGGUCAACAGUGUGAGAAGACAGACGUAUGGUGGUUUACCAGCAACGAGUAUGACUUUGAGACGAUUGGGUUCAUGACCUUAGAUGGUGGCCUAAAUGCUCUCAUGUGUGGUGAUUGUGAAUUUGGACCAAUAGGAUGGCGUACUAGAGAUAACAAGAACUUUUGGGUUGCUGCUGAAAGAAUGGACUAUGCUUGA